UAGAUUGCUUAUAAUAGAAAGUGAAGAAAAAAAGUAAGAGCAAGCGUGUGCUGCAACUCUCGUGCUGCAUAUAAACCUACAUACAAUCAGCACACUGCUCAUGCGCAAGUGUGUAUUUUUGUGUGAAAGCAAUAAAACAAUACAGAGUUGCAACGCUUGAAAAAAGAAAUACGAAAAAACGAAAAAGUGCUUAAAAACACCAAUAUCUUGAUUAUAGUUAUUUGGUGUCAUGAGAGAAAUGGAAACUCCCGAUUUGAAUCGUAGUGAUAGUACACGCAAGAGCUUCCGUUUGCCAACACAUCGCAAAGGCAUGGCACCAGCACCGCCGAACAUUACAAAAGUCGAUUUAGAUAUCGAUGACCAUGGUGAUGAUGUGGUAGUUAAUGAUGACGAAACUCAAAGGCAAAUGCAAACGCUUAACAAGGUUGCUAGUGCUGUGAGUGAUGAAUUUUAUUUAGUACAAGGCUUGACGAACACCAAACGUGCCACAGAUAAUAGUAAUACGAAAAAUACUACGGAUAAUACGGAAAUCAUGCCGCGUAGCAAUCGCAUGACACUGGCACGGGAAAGCAAUAUUAUUAUUGAUGAUGAUGUGGUGAAAAUGCGUAAUAGAAUACCGAUAACACGCAAUGCAGCCUCAUCUAUAACACCAUAUACGACGACGACCACCGCAGCAGCUGGUAAAUUGACCAAAGAGCCGACUUUAGUGCUCACAGCUGAAGAUGAUGUGAAUGUAUCGUUUGCGCUCGGCUCCAUUGAGAAGCAUAUUUUCGAUAUGGAAGAGAGUUUUAAGAAAAUGGAACACAUACGACAGCCGAGUAUCGAUGAAUUGCAGAUAGAUCGCAAAAAGCAGAGUAAACGUUAUGGUGAGACGGAGAAUCUAUUGCAGCCUGGUAAUAGUGAAAUGGCUUCUGGUACUGGUUUCAGCUAUUUAACGCCACCGUCAGAUAUGGAGAACUCAAGUGACUCAAUAACCGAUUUUCAACGUGGCACAGGCGCACGCAGCUCGGUGGGCGCUUACUCAAAAGGUCCAUAUAAAACGAAAAUUACACGCACAUCGUCGGAUAGUAAAAAUACCGAAACAAUGGCUAUGCGUGAUAUAAUAAAACAAAAGAAAAUUGUAGCCACUAAUAAAGAGUUACCAUCAUCAUCAACACCACUGCAAACAACAAGUGCUAGAGACACUGCACGUUAUGCUAAUGAAACGACCAAACGUAUUAUUACUUCACCGAGCAGCCACAUAAGUCGUAAUAGCAGCACCGCUAGCAGUAGUGGUGGUGGCGUCGCUGCCGUUGCUUCAGGUGCUGGUGUUGGUAAAACGAUCUCGCAGACCGAUGGUGCUGCAUUGGAUAAGCAUCGUGAGGAGAAUCUGAGAAAAUUUGAAUCAAUGAUUAACCAAAGAGCUGCUGCCGCCAGUAAAAGUGCUGCGGCAGCUAGAAAUGCGGCACCUGCGGCACGCGCUUCGGUUGUGCCGCCUAGGCCAUUAAAUCCUAUUAUAACUACGCCGAAAGUGGCUGCACCAGCGACGGCAGCGGCGGCGCAUUUGCCGCACACCGCCGAAAGGACGGCGAUUGCAUCAAACGCUGUGCACACUGUUGCCUACAAUAAUCGGCACGUCGGCAAUGUUAUGCAUAAUAAUCAGGGCUCACCUAAUAUGCAAUUGCGCACCAGUGCACCAAUGCGUUGGCGUGCCACCGAAGAACAUAUUGGAAAGUAUAAGCUUAUAAAAACAAUUGGUAAAGGCAAUUUCGCUAAAGUAAAAUUAGCUAAACAUUUGCCAACUGGUAAAGAAGUGGCUAUUAAAAUCAUUGAUAAAACCCAAUUAAAUCCGGGAUCUCUACAGAAACUUUUUAGAGAAGUUAGAAUCAUGAAGAUGCUCGAUCAUCCAAACAUUGUCAAACUAUUUCAAGUUAUCGAAACCGAAAAGACAUUAUAUUUGGUUAUGGAAUAUGCGUCCGGUGGUGAAGUAUUCGAUUAUCUUGUCUUGCAUGGUCGAAUGAAGGAGAAGGAGGCGCGUGUUAAAUUCAGACAAAUCGUAUCAGCUGUGCAGUAUUGUCAUCAAAAGAGAAUUAUACACAGGGAUUUAAAAGCGGAAAAUUUGUUGUUAGACAGCGAAUUAAAUAUAAAAAUCGCCGAUUUUGGAUUUUCCAAUGAAUUUACGCCCGGUUCUAAAUUGGAUACAUUUUGUGGUAGUCCACCAUAUGCUGCACCUGAAUUAUUUCAGGGAAAGAAAUAUGAUGGUCCUGAGGUGGACGUUUGGUCUUUGGGAGUGAUUUUAUAUACAUUAGUUAGUGGUUCAUUACCAUUUGAUGGUUCUACAUUAAGAGAACUACGUGAACGUGUACUCAGAGGCAAAUAUAGGAUUCCGUUCUAUAUGUCAACUGACUGUGAAAAUUUACUUCGUAAAUUCCUUGUUUUGAAUCCAGCCAAACGCGCCAGUCUGGAAACUAUAAUGAGUGAUAAAUGGAUGAAUAUGGGGUUUGAAGAUGACGAAUUGAAACCUUAUAUAGAACCAAAACAAGAUCUAGCUGAUCCCAAACGGAUAGGUAAGACGGAGGCUCUGGUGGCAAUGGGUUACAACAGGCAAGAUAUUGAAGUUUCACUCUCCCAAGUACGAUAUGAUGAUGUCUUCGCUACUUAUCUGUUAUUGGGCAGAAAAAGCACAGAUCCUGAAAGUGAUGGUUCACGUUCUGGUUCAUCGCUAUCCUUGCGUAAUAUGGGCGGUAAUGACGCGGGUGCCACUACGAAUGCGUCUGCUCAGAGUCCAACACAUCGUGGCGUACAUCGAAGCAUUUCCGCUUCGAAUACGAAACCAAGUCGACGGGCUUCAUCUGGCGCCGAAACAUUACAAAUCUUUCAACGUUUUAUCGCAGGUGUUGGCCCAACAAAUGCGGCUACUGUUGCAGCUACAGCGGCUCCUGGUGCUAUAAAUGCGGCGCCGUCCAACAACAAUUACGGUGGUACUGGUUCGGGUUCAUCCGCUGAGCGCUCUUCAAUUAGUAGCAACUUUAAACGUCAGAACACAAUUGAUUCGGCUACAAUUAAGGAGAAUACUGCGAGGCUGGCAGUACAAAAUCAUAGACCCACAUCAGCUACUCAAAAGCUUUUAACAACAGCAGAUACAACACUUAACAGUCCUGCGAAGCCAAGAACUUCAACAAAAUACGACACAUCAAACACUAAUCGCACUACCGUUGGCACAAGCGGUAUGAUACCGCGUCGUUCAACAACAUUAUAUGAAAAGACUUCAUCAACAGAGAAAACGAAUGCAUUGCCAGCAGAAACAAAUGGAUCUGCCAACUCUACAGGAAAAGGCCAUGUUAAAAGCGCCUCUGUCUCCAGCCCUGGCUCGACCGCUGAGGGAGGAGUCGCUGUUUCCAAUGAAACACUCGGAACGAGAAUGACGUCGGCUGUUAAGUCUAGCAGGCAUUUCCCCAGGAAUGUGCCAUUACGAUCAACCUUUCAUUCUGGUCAAACCAGGACUAGAAAUAAUGCUGCAUUGGAGUACUCUGGCACGAGUGGUGCAUCUGGCGACUCACCACAUCCAGGCAGAAUGAGUUUUUUCUCGAAACUGUCAUCACGUUUUAGUAAACGCACUUCAACAACCGAUGAAUCCGCAAAGCCGCGUGUAUUGCGUUUCACAUGGUCCAUGAAGACCACUUCGCCACUAAUGCCCGAUCAAAUCAUGCAGAAAAUACGCGAAGUGCUCGAUCAGAACAACUGUGACUACGAGCAGCGGGAAAGAUUCGUGCUGUGGUGUGUACACGGUGAUCCGAAUACCGAUUCGUUGGUGCAAUGGGAAAUUGAAGUUUGCAAAUUACCACGUCUGUCACUUAAUGGCGUGCGUUUCAAGAGGAUUUCAGGCACCAGCAUAGGAUUUAAGAAUAUUGCAUCGCGCAUAGCGUUUGACUUACAACUGUGACUCCACCAAACCAAUACCGACGCGGCUGCUUUUGGUUCUGAUACAACAACAACAAAU